AUGCCGUCUUCCGCCAUCCCACCCAGACAUAUCCUCGCUAUUGCCGUGGUAGGGAGGAGAACACAUCUCACCCCCGUCCUUGAGAUCUGCGAAGUCCUGCACAGCUAUGGCCACAAGAUCACCAUCGCCGGCAUGGAAGGCCAAAUCCACAACCUUCCCUCCUGGGCCUCCAACACCAUCUCCGUGUGCCACGCUAUGGAUGACAAGGCCGCGCAGAUCCACCACGAGCUGUGCGAGGCCGUCGCCACGGAGCGCAAAGGUCUGAAGGCCAUGGCAGCCACACUUACGUAUUUCGACUCCUUCUACCCGGAAAUCCACCGGAAUCUGAAGCCCAUCCUGGCGCCGCGGACAGGCCCCGAGAAAAUCGACUUCGUGAUUGCGGACUUCUUUGAGAUUGCGGCGAUAGAUCUCGCGCUGGAGUUCAACAUCCCUCUGGGUUUCGCCCCUGGCAUCGCCGGUAUCCCAGGCCAACAACAGACCCUGAUGAAUACCGAGAACGCAACGCUUGUGCAACGCACCCGCGAGACUUGGAUCGCGCUCUGCUUGCUCAGCGGUCUCCUCCCCUUCAUCAGGAACCGGCUUGCGCUCCGUGCGCAAAACACCAAGAUCAAAGACCGCGCGCACAUCAGCUUCAUCAACUCCUUCAUGGGCCUCGAGACGCCCGUGCCCCUCGACCCGCUGGUCUGCCCCGUCGGGCCCCUCAUGAAAGCCAGCUGGGCGCCUCUCACCCCCGAGUUCUCAACCUUCCUCGAGGCCCGCAGCAGCGUCGUGUACAUCGGCUUCGGGACCCUGGCGUCCAUGACGCUGGUGCGCUUCACCAAGCUGCGGGACACGAUCCGCGUGCUGCUCCAGUCCGGGCACAUCGACGGCGCGAUCUGGUCCAUCAAGAAAAUCCCUGCGGGCGGCGAACCGUCGGCCCCGACGAAAGAGGGCAGCGACGACGACCUGCUCGCCAAGGACAGCAACAUCAUGAUGGUGCCGUUCGCACCGCAGCGCGCCAUCCUCGAACACCCCUCGGUGAAGCUCUUCAUCUCGCACGCGGGCGCGCAGUCCACGCACGAGGCCAUCUUCCACGGGGUCCUGAUGCUCUGCAUGCCCAUCUUCGGGGACCACUACCCGUACGCGCUCCGCUGCGAGGAGAACGGCGGGAUGGCCCUGCGGCUGGACAAGCACGACUUCACCGUCGCGGAAGCGGUGCACAAGGCGAGACUGCUGCUCGAGGACCGCGAGGGCACCUUCGGCAUGAACAGCAGGCGGAUGCAGAUGUUGUCGGUGGUGCGGCAGAGGGUGGGCCCGCUGGAGGCGGCGGCCAAGGUGCUGGAGGUGCUGUUCGAUCACGAGUUGAGGCUGGUGCGGCCGGGGGGCUUGGAGAUGAAGGGGAAGAUGGCGCUGGAACCGCCGGGGAAGCGGAUGGGCUGGUGGAAGAGGGGAGGCUGGGAUAUGGUGCUCCUGGGUCCGUUUGUGGCCUUGUAUCUUGGGAUUGGGGCCUUGUUCAAUAAGAAGGCUUCGUGA